GCCAUUUAGCGCGUCGCGGCAGGAGCCGCUGGUCACAGGCGGGAGCAGCGAGACUCGGGGCUGGUGCGUUCUGGAAUAGCCCUGCGGUGCACAUCGUCCCGAAGGGUCUGGUCCGCCGCUGUCCUGCGGGGUAGCGCUGGGUGCUCCUCCCGCCACCCCCUGCCCCUGGGGGCAGCCUCCGCCGAGACUUCAUGUCUGUGCUGUGUCCCCUGCCCUGCUCUGAUUAUCUGGCAUCAGCUGAAAUGACUGAAGUGAUGAUGAACACCCCAGCUAUGGAUGAGAUUGGGUUAAGCCCCCGCAAGGAUGGCCUGUCGUACCAGAUCUUCCCUGAUCCCUCAGACUUUGACUGUUACUGUAAGCUGAAGGACCGGCUGCCCUCCAUCGUGGUGGAGCCAACAGAGGGUGAUGUAGAGAGUGGUGAGCUGAGAUGGCCCCCUGAAGAGUUCCUUGUGCAGGAAGAGGAGGAAGAAAACUGUGAAGAUGCAAAGGACAAGGAGGAGCAAUAAAUGGCAUUUGAGGAAUGGCAAGGGACUGCACCCCUCUGAAGGAAGAGCUGCACUUCUUUUGAAAGUCUUUUGUUUUUUUUUAAAAAAAGACAAGUUCAAAUUUGCACCUGCAAGAUCUUUUUUCUUUUUGUUUUGGUGGUUUGUUUUUUUUUUUGUAUUCUCUGUAUUGAGAACUGAAGCCGUCGGUGUAACCAGACCUCCUGAGGAAGGAAGGAAAGAAGUACUGCAGAGAAAUUUUUUUUCUGUUCUCAAGAUCACUAUCUUUAUUUUUCCCAAGGUGGAGGUAGCAGUGAAAUUCCAAGCACAUGGCAAAGGGUGACCAUGUGAGGACCACUGGAUGGGGGAUCUGGGAAGGGAGGAAAGUCGGAGGCGGCAGUGCUCGGCUGGGAGGGCUCUGACUUAAAAGUGUGAGAACAGAGCCAUCAUCUCUCAGGUUUGCUUUUCUUACAGCUUCCAUAUUAUGUGUUGGGGGGUAGAAGGGUGUCUGUAGCAAAGCAUGGCUAAAUGCUCUAGUGACAAGGGACCUGUAGCUGUCCCUGGUUUGGCACCUUCUAGGGUUACAUGAGCAUCUGUAGUAGUUGGGUUUCUUGCUCUUGCUGUGGAGCCUGUUUUCCAGCUGCUUUUCCCAAAGCUGUUUUCUCCCCUUCUGUUUGCCUUUAGACUCUUCCAUGCUGAACAGCUGUAUUUGCAGGAUAAUAUUAGGCUGCUGCUUGUCAUAUAUACUGCCAGGCCCUAGUUUAUCUUGCAGGUGGUUAAGCACGAGGUAAUGUGCAUUAGAUGUAAAGAUGCUUCUCUCUUCAACAAGAGCUAAUGUAGGUUUGAACACUCUGGGAUUUUUUUUCUCCUGUUUGCUGAGGCUGCUGUGGAUGGGCACUGUACAACUUGAGAUCAAAA